AUGAUGAUCGCCUUCAGGCUGCCUUCAACGGCAGCCCAGCGUCGGCGAAGACGCGACCGAGGGCGCUGCUAUCAGUGUCGGUGUGCUAUAGCGCGGUUGCGCACACGCGACGGCCGCCAGCUCUGGCGGCGGCCAUUGGCAGUGGGAAGGCAGGAGGCGCCGGGAUUUGCGGAGGAGCUCCUUGGCACGCGGCAUGCUCGGCAGCGCUGCCACUCUCCUUCGCUCGCUCUGCCUCGCUCUGCCUCCCUCUCCCUGCACACCCACCCGCUCCCUUUUCCUCGCCUCUGCUUCCCUCUCCCCUGUCCCUUUCCCCUAUCCCUUCCCCUCAUCUUUCUCACGUAUUCCUAUGCUUUCUCCUUAAAAAUUUCUUCCUCUCCCUUUUCCCUCAACCUCAUUUCUCCUUCCCAUCCAUCCCCUCCAUCCCUCGCCGUCCUCGUUAUAGGGUGGAUGGGAAGCCAAUUCGCAAUUCUAGAAAGCGCAUCCGUCUCCUCAUCCUCUUAUAGUCACAGUUCGCUCGCGUACAAUCACGGAAUCUCCCUGCAUAGCCAAGAAGGGGACUUGGGUAUCCAGGUUGGAGCGGUUCAGUCGCCUCAAUCUCCUCUAAGUGCCGAAAGCGGUAGGAACGCCAGUGGGGGUGAUACUCAAGGCAGUGAUAGUAUUCGAAGUGUCCUUGUGGCCCCCCCGCGCCCUUCCUCCCCUGCCGCCUCCACUUCCCCGCGCCCCGCCAUCCCUGCCGCCGCCGUCCCCCCGCGCCUCGCCCUCCCUGCCGCUGGCCCGGGCCCGCUGUGCGACCUGUACCAGGGACGAUGGGUGCAUACGCGGCAGGCGGCACUGUAUUCGGGGGAGAAGUGCGGGUGGAUGUUUGAGUACUACGCGUGCGCGCGCAGCAACCGCCCGCUCGACAUGCGCCAGUACGAGCGCCUGCGCUGGCAGCCCAACGGGUGCAACACGACCCGCUUCAGCGCGGAGGGGUUCUUUGAGAGAAUGCGCAACAAGCGCAUUGCGUUUGUGGGGGACUCCCUAGGCCAGCAGCAGUUCCAGUCGCUGCUCUGCGUGCUCGCCCCUGAAGGCCCGCCCAAAAACAUGUCCGACCCCUCAUCCCCCAUACAAGACGUGAGCAAGGAAUAUAGCAGAAAGGCUACCGGACCAGGAGGCCGCCAACCUAUCGACAAGGCGUUUAGAUUCGUCGCAUCCAACACUACAGUGAUCUUCCGCUGGUCGGCGCUCUUAUGCGAUGUCGAGCCGUUUAAUAAGAGGAACUGGAUGCAGGGCCAGGCGCUGCACUUAGACCAACCCGACGUUUUCCUAAAGGACUUUCUUAAGCAGCUGGAUGUGGUGGUUCUAAACACGGGGCAUCACUGGUACCGGGACGAGAUGACUUGGAAUGUGUUAGAGUUUUACGUGAAUGGAAGCAGAGCACCGCUCGUGAAAGGUCAACCAAUUGGGCCGUGGCCAGCGCUUAAAAUCGCGACGCGGUCGCUGUCUCUGUGGAUUGAUGAGCAGCUGAAGAAUACGAGUAAGGAGCAUCUGCUGAGGAAGCCGGGAGAGGGAGAGGGGAGGGAGGGAGGAGGAGAGGGAGGAGGAGAGGGAGCGAGGCGGAAGCUGGGUUCGGCGGGUGUGGAGAUUCCGGCUUUUGCAGCAGGAGGGGGUUCGAAGAUGAGCACGGCGAUUUUUGGGACGCCCGAGACGAAGCCGAUGGUGUUGUUGCGAUCGGUUUCGCCGAGGCAUUUCAUUGGGGAGAAGCCGGGCACGAGCGGCACAUGCACUCAUCUCAAGCAUCCAUUUGGAGAUGCAGAGGUGGCCGUUAUGCUAACAACGGAUGCUAUGAAGGAGGAUGGAGUGUUGGGGACAUCUGUACACCUUUUAAACAUCACGCACUUGUCCGCUUACCGUGGUGAUGCACACCCAUCCGUCUGGGAUCCCCGAUACGAUACGCCCAAGGGCGAAGAUUGCCUGCAUUGA